AUGCAAGAGCAGUUGUGUAACAAUCCACGCUCGUUUUGGGACUAUGCCCGUAAGGCUCAAGGUAGUCAGAAUAUUCCGGAGAAAGUUCAUCUCGAUAGCAUAAGUGCCUCCGGUGAUCAAGUUUCAGAUCUGUUCGCUUCUUAUUUUUCCUCGGUUUAUGUUAAAAUCAGAGUGAUAUCUGAUUCUCAAUUCAACUUGAUAACUACAGAGCAAUUUUCGGUUCUCCCAUCCUCAAUAACAAUUACCCCUGACGAGGUGUCUGCUGCUCUUGAAUCACUUGCUACUACUCGGGGUUCCAGACCUGAUGGUAUUUCAGCCAUCUUUUUGUAUCGUUGUAGAAACCAUCUCACUUUGCCGAUCUGUUCGAUAUUUAACAAAUCCCUAGCAGAAGGAAUCUUCCCCUCCGUUUGGAAAUGUAGCCGUGUUACACCUAUUCUAAAAUCGGGGGACCCUACUGAUGUCACUAACUAUCGGCCUAUUUCUGGUCUACCAUUCUUAGGGAAAAUGUUUGAAUCGAUUGUUCUGAAGCGUAUCCAGCGUCCACUCUUGUCAACCAUCUCGGUUGACCAACACGGAUUUUUUCCUGGUCGGUCAACAUCUACUAGUGCAAUUGAUUUUGUAUCUUUUGUACAUGAUGCUUUUUCAGCUAGGCGGCAAGUUGACGUUGUUUACACAGACUUCUCAAAAGCUUUCGAUUCGAUUGAUCAUAAUACACUGAUAUAUAUUUCUUGGAUCGGUUAG